UCUCCCACUUCGCACCCCUCGUUCCCCCCUCCUCUUCCUCUGUCUUCUUUGUCCCCAUAACAACUUGUCACUUCCUCACCUAGCUAGCUGUCAAUGACCCUGUACAGCUCGCACAAGGAUACUGAUGCCGAUGCUGCCUCAGCAAGCACCGUGCGGGAACUCGACCACACCGUGCCCUCCAUAGAGGAUCUCCAUAUCGAUCCCACCGCAACAAGCGUAGCCCUGCCUGACGUGGACCUUGACCUGCACAAGAAGGACUCGACCACACGCUCUACCAUCCGUUCCACUCCCUCCUCCAUCCGCUCCACACCCUCCUCAGACCCAGUAGCAUCAGUACAACCUGCUCAUACUUCAGCCCAUCGGGGUUUCUGGAAGCAAAGGCUGAUGGUCCGCCCCACAUUCAAGGGCGACCCACGCAUCGAGCUCUCGCGCUUCAGGAAAGCUGUUAUCCUCGCCACCAUCUCUCAGGCUGGGUGUCUGGGAGGAUUUUCAAGCACCAUCUAUUUCCCAUCCCUCGUACAGAUCACUGAGGAUCUCAAGGCGUCCCAGACAGCCAUCAAUGCUUCCGUUUCGCUCUUCAUUCUGUUCAUGGGCAUCAGUCCCCUUGUCUGCUCCACCCUCUCUGACCACUUCAAAAUCAGACGUAUCCUCUACAUCUCCUUCACUAUCGUUUUUGCGCUCGCCUCAAUCGGCGGCGGCUUUGCGAAUUCUGCCGUUGGCCUCAUCCUUGCCCGUAUUUUCCAGGCCGUUGGAUCAGGCGGUGCCUCCAUUCUUGGUGCCGGCACCGUUGCAGAUAUCUAUCCGCCCGAAGAACAAGGCACGUCGAUGGGCCUCAUGUUCCUAGGCCAGUUCCUCGGUCCUGUUCUCGGACCCCCGAUCGGCGGACUCCUUGCUGAUGCAUUCGGUUGGCAAUCCACUUUCUUCUUCAUGGCCAUCGUCAGCGCUAUAACCAUUGUCCAGCUCUUUUUCCUCUUGCCAGAGACAUAUCGACAAGAGCCCAAGGAUACCCUUAGCAUGAUCGAGGAAAAAGGAACCGCUGUCCAUGGCGACGAACAGACCGCUCGACCGAAGGCGAGAUUUAAUCCGUUCCAGGCUCUCCUCUUGCUGAAGUACCCCGUUGUCCUUUUGGGAUCCAUCGAAACUGGCAUCAUCUUUGCACUCAUGUUUUCAAUCGAGACCAUUGUACCUGUUCUUUUCACAAACCACUACGGCUUAAAUGAGACGAAAGUCGGUUUGACCUACCUAGGAGCUGGAGGCGGAAGCAUCUUUGGCGCAAUCAUCGGGGGAAAGCUGUCGGAUUUGUCCUUGAUGCGCGCCAAAGAGAAGAACGGUGGCGAGCUCAUCCUUGAAGACCGCCUGUCACUCAACAUGUGGAUUGCUGGGUUUGCGGUCGUUCCACUAGGCUCCCUCUUGUUUGGAUGGGGUGCCGAGAAGCAUCUGAGCAUUGCGGCACCAAUCAUCGGCUUUGCCAUUUACAACUUUGGUAUGGCGCAGGUUCUUGCCGCAGGCGCUGCCUACCUUGUCAACUGCAUCCCUGGCCAGGGUUCGUCAGCCACCGCGGCAGCCAAUUUUUUGCGUAUGGUCAUGGCCUGCAUUUUUUCUCUGAUUGCACAGAUCAUCGUAGAUCAUAUCGGCUAUGGCUAUUACGGCGUGAUCUUGGCUGCCCUCAACAUCGUCUGCAUGGCUCUCUUUUAUCUGGUCCGCCUUAGAGGUGCCAGCAUGCGUGCUUCGGCUACCAGAAAAGAAGAGGCAUUUCACUAGGCAUACAAAGCAUAAAUUACGGCAUAUGCAUCAAUUUGCAACUGCUGUAAGCAUCUUAAUCAAUAUAGACUAUCCCCAUAAUAAAACAGGCU